ACCGCCGUUCCUCGUUGACAGCUUUCCUCCACACGCUCACAGCGCUCAUUCAUUUCGAAAAAAGUCGUCACCGGGGAAAGGCUCGCGUGCUGCGUGGCCUCGUCAGAGUCAGAGUGGCUCAGAAAUUAGGGGAAAUUUUCCUUUCCGAGACUGUGUAGUGUAAUCUGCGUACGUAAUAUUUAGAGCUGAAUCCUGUGGAUUUAUCGAUCGAAUAUCGUGGGUUAAAUUGGUGCAAGUUUAACUUUUCUCGAAAAGAGAAAUCGCCCUUUUUUCUCCCGAAAAAGUGUGUGCCAAGCGUGGAAGAAAAAGAAGCACAGCAAGAUGGGGAUUAAGUUUCUGGAAAUCAUUAAGCCUUUCUGCAGUAUCCUGCCUGAAAUUGCGAAACCAGAGCGCAAGAUCCAGUUUCGAGAAAAGGUUCUGUGGACGGCAAUUACUUUGUUCAUCUUUUUGGUAUGCUGUCAGAUCCCGCUGUUCGGUAUUAUGAGCUCGGAUUCGGCCGAUCCGUUCUACUGGAUACGUGUCAUCUUGGCCUCGAAUCGAGGAACGCUUAUGGAGCUCGGUAUAUCGCCAAUCGUUACGUCGGGACUGAUCAUGCAACUGCUGGCUGGAGCUAAGAUUAUCGAAGUCGGUGAUACUCCGAAGGACCGAGCGCUGUUCAAUGGAGCGCAGAAACUGUUCGGUAUGAUCAUUACGAUCGGUCAGGCUAUUGUGUACGUAAUGACCGGAAUGUACGGCGAUCCGGCGGAAAUCGGAGCUGGAGUUUGUCUUCUGAUUAUCAUUCAGCUGUUCGUUGCUGGUUUGAUAGUGCUUCUGCUUGAUGAGUUGCUCCAGAAGGGAUAUGGUUUGGGAUCAGGAAUUUCACUUUUCAUUGCGACCAACAUUUGCGAGACUAUUGUGUGGAAGGCAUUCUCUCCGGCCACUGUCAACACCGGUCGUGGUACGGAAUUCGAAGGAGCCGUGAUUGCUCUGUUCCAUUUGCUCGCGACCCGUCAGGAUAAGGUUCGUGGACUGCGUGAAGCCUUCUAUCGUCAGAAUUUGCCCAAUUUGAUGAAUCUGCUCGCUACCGUGCUCGUGUUUGCUGUGGUAAUAUACUUCCAAGGCUUCCGUGUGGAUCUACCAAUCAAGUCGGCCCGUUAUCGUGGUCAAUACAGCAGCUACCCAAUUAAACUGUUCUACACCAGCAAUAUCCCGAUUAUUCUGCAGUCUGCGCUGGUGUCCAAUCUCUACGUCAUUUCACAGAUGUUGGCGGUUAAAUUCCACGGCAACUUCUUGGUUAACCUGCUCGGAACGUGGGCUGAUGUCAGCGGCGGAGGUCCAGCUCGUGCCUAUCCGAUCGGUGGUCUCUGCUACUAUCUGUCGCCUCCCGAGAACCUGGGCCACAUCGCUACCGAUCCAAUCCAUGCCAUGCUCUACAUUGUGUUCAUGUUGGGCAGCUGCGCGUUCUUCUCCAAGACCUGGAUCGAUGUGUCCGGCAGUUCGGCCAAGGAUGUCGCCAAGCAGCUUAAGGAACAGCAGAUGAUUAUGCGUGGCCAUCGGGAGAACUCGAUGAUUCACGAGCUGAACCGGUACAUCCCAACGGCGGCGGCUUUCGGUGGACUUUGCAUCGGUGCGCUGUCGGUCAUUGCGGAUUUCAUGGGCGCCAUCGGGUCGGGCACGGGUAUCCUGCUAGCCGUAACGAUCAUCUAUCAGUACUUUGAAAUCUUCGUCAAGGAGCAGAGCGAGAUGGGUGGAAUGGGAACGUUACUCUUUUAAGCAGGACCGCAGAGAUUCUCAUUGAAACACAAAUCAUCCAGUUUUUCUUGUAUCCAUUCUCAUACAAAUGAUAGUUCUUGUUCUCAACUGUCUGUUCAUUUUUGUUGAACAUAAUCGGAUAGAUGCUAGGGACGAGGUGUUGAUUUUUCAGUUUUUCCUUUCCUUUUUGGUUUGAAUUACGAUAAAUACGCUUGAACACAGUUACUGUUGUUUGCAAUUAGAGGUAGAAGAGGACACGGCGAAAGAAUGUAAUUUAUUUUUACAAUCACACAAAUACAGUAGAUGAUUGUGUUCUCACAAAAAAAAACAAUUGAAACCAUAAAAAUCGAAAAAAAAAUUGGCGAAAAAUUCAUAGCAAAAAGACAACCGAUCAUUACAAGCAAUAGGCAGGAAGAGGAAAAAAUCGAAUACAAAAACAAACGACGAAAAGGAAAACUAAAGAGAUUUUAAGACUUUUCCUAUUAAUAUAAGAGAGCAUUUUGUGUUUGUUUAUUUUGUGUAACAAUGAAUAAAAACAGAAAACUAAAAACAG